AUGGUCUCCGUUCCCUGCGUCUCGCGUCGCUCCCUGCGAUCCGGGGCGGUGGCCGGGAGGGCCGGAGUGCUCGAUCGGUUACGUUUCUGCUCCCCCCGUCUCGCUCUCAGCUUCGUCUUCCGUGCCUCCGGCCUCUCGUUCCUGCCCCUUGUAAACCACAUUGGGAGUCAGAUUGAGACAAGCAGGGAGCGGCGGUACUCUGUUGAGUCUGCAGGUGGCACUUCCUACCUGCGCUUUCAGGUGAAGCAAUCGGACCAUGAGAGGAAAUUGAAAUGUGUUUUAUCGGUGGACAGCAAGGAAAGAGCAUUCGCCGAGUAUCAAGUAUUCAUAACAGCUGCAGUGUUGGAGCCCAAUACCACAGAGACAGUGUACGUCGCGGAGGGAGAAUUCGUUCAGCUUCCCUGUGUUGGGAUAUCAAACCGAACGGAAGGCAGGCAUGUGGAAUGGUCAUUUCAAGCGACUGGGGAUCAGAGCCAAACCCAUCUCAAUGUGUCUGCACCAGGGCACCCCACAGUCAACCCCAGAGAGAGAGUGAGUCUUCUGCCCAAUGCUUCCCUUCUCAUCCAGGGAGUGCAGAGGCCCGACACAGGCACUUACCACUGCAGGAGGGGCCAGCAAGAGAAAUACCACACGCUUACUGUGUGUGUUUUAACAGUGAAAGCGAACACGUCUAGUCCUGUUUCUAAAGGCACAGAGGUCACUGUGAGCUGCUCCCUGCUCUGUGAUCACACUCCCCAGGACGCUGUGCUUCAGUGGAUGGACAGUAAUGGGACCCUGCUGGAAUCACACACAACUCUUUCUACUGGUCCCAGUGCAGAGCUGGUGAUUCCCAGUGCCUACAAUACGACCCUGAGGUGCCGAUUACAAGUUAAAGAACAAGAGAGAGCCAGCGUGGAAUACACCAUACAUGUAACAGAAGAGCAGAACAGGAUUGCGAGCAAUCAGACUGUCCUCCUCCCUGUGCUGUUGGGACUAGCUGCUGUUUGUGUAGUGAUCGCUGCCAUCUUAAUCCUGCUUUUUAGAGGCAGAAGAACUAGAGACAAAGAAGAUGGAGUUCUUGGUGUUGAGCUGAAUGCCACACACCAAGCAAGCCAAGUCAAAGAGGAAGAAUGUGAAAUUCACUACGCCGCUCUAGAAAUUAGACAGCCAGCCAGAGAACGGAGGAGAGAAAUGAUCCAAGAGGAAGUUAUUUAUUGUUUAACUGUGAAAAAUUAAUGAAAUCCUGUGUUUGUACUAAAUAAACUUGUAUAAAACUGUAACAAAAUGAAACGGUGUUGUCAGCGCCGUGCUAACUGAUUAUUCUUAUUGGGAUCAAGCUGGCCACAGGUGAGGGUGAAUGACAGCGGUUUGGGUUUGUGUGGAUUGCUGUUCUUCCAAGCAGCUGUUUCU